CAUUUCAUUGUUGCCUCGUUCAGGUGAAGAAACAGAUAUUGGAUGAGAAGAUCUACUGUCCUCCAGAGGCAUCCGUCCUCCUAGCAUCCUACGCCGUGCAAGCCAAGGUAAGCCUUCGUUCGCCAUUGGGGUUCGUUCCCGAUUCUGAUCCUGACAACCACAUCAGUCUAGAAAACGGAGUGAUAAAUCUCUACCAGAUGACUCCAGAAAUGUGGGAAGAAAGGAUCACCGCGUGGUAUGGGCAACAUCGAGGCAGAGCCAGGGAUGAGGCAGAAAUGGAGUACUUGAAAAUAGCGCAGGAUCUAGAGAUGUAUGGCGUGAAUUACUUUGCCAUCCGGAACAAGAAGGGGACAGAGCUGCUUCUGGGAGUUGAUGCGUUGGGCCUCCACAUAUACGAUCCAGAAAACAGGCUGACCCCCAAAAUCUCCUUCCCUUGGAACGAGAUCCGCAAUGUCUCUUACAGCGAUAAGGAGUUUACAAUCAAGCCUCUGGACAAGAAGAUUGACGUCUUCAAAUUCAAUUCCUCAAAGCUGCGGGUCAAUAAACUG